UCUUUUGCAGACAUUGAGAAUACCUCUUAGUUUGAAAUAUUCUUGUCCUUCUGAAAGCACAUGGAAACUGGCAGUGUCUUCUCUUCUCAAAGUUCUUUCUAUUGGACUCCCAGUUGCAAGGCAGCAUGCAUCUUCAGGAAAAUUUGACAGUAUGUGGCCAGAGCUAGCCAAUACUUUUGAAGAUUUUUUAUUCACUAAAAGUACACCACCUGAUAAUCUCUCAAUUCAAGAAUUUCAGAAGAAUGAGAGUAUUGAUGUUGAGGUGGUGCAGCUUAUAAGCACAGAGAUACUGCCGUACGCUAAUUUUAUUCCUAAGGAAUUUGUUGGUCAAAUAAUGACUAUGCUCAAUAAAGGCUCAAUACAUUCUCAGUCAUCCUCGUUUACAGAAGCCGAAAUAGAUAUUCGGAUGAGAGAGGAGUUUUCCAAAGUGUGUUUUGAAACGCUGCUGCAGUUUUCAUUCAGUAACAAAGUCACAACUCCUCAGGAAGGCUACAUCUCUAGAAUGGCCCUUUCUGUGCUCUUGAAGCGCUCGCAGGACGUGCUGCACCGCUACAUCGAAGACGAGAGACUGAGCGGCAAGUGUCCCCUCCCACGGCAACAAGUAACAGAAAUCAUAUUUGUUUUGAAAGCUGUCAGUACUCUGAUAGACUCACUUAAAAAAACUCAGCCUGAAAAUGUUGAUGCCAACACGUGGGCACAGGUGAUCGCCUUGUACCCAACGUUAGUGGAGUGCAUCACCUGCUCCUCGUCAGAGGUGUGCUCUGCCCUGAAAGAGGCACUGGUUCCCUUCAAGGACUUCAUGCAUCCACCAGCAUCCAAGGUACAGAAUGGAGAGUCUUGACCCCAUAAAACUCUUUUUAAAUUUUUGAAAGAAAAAAAGUAUCCAAAAAUGUUUGUUCCCAGAUGAUCUUUCUCUGAGGAAAUCUCUUGUGGCUAGUAUUUGGCAACCAGUGUUGACUGCCUUUUUAACUGCACUAACAAGAGCUCAGUAAUUCAUGACUACAAACUAUAUCUCAAAGGUUCCAGAGUGAGUAGCAGUGCAAACCUUUAACAAAUUUAACUGAAUAGUGGAAUCAUUUAUAAUCUAACGUACUUGCUACAGUAUCUUGAAGUGGUGAUUGAAAAGUGGGCUUAUGUACAGCUUGUUGUGUAUGUGUUAAUGAUGUUAAUGAUGUAAUUAAAAAUAUUUCAAUUCAGUCAGAUUUAUUAGGCUGGUGUUUUGCACCCUUUUUUGAAGUACGAAUUGUACUAAAAUUUUAUGCAAGAUGGUACUGUAACAUUCCAUAUUAUCUGUAACCAGCCUUUGUAAACAAAGGGAACUGAUAUACUUGUGUGUAUAAUAAAUGGUACAGUUCUGUAUAAAAUAGUUGCAUUUAUUAUUUAAAUUCUUUUAAAAAUACCAAUAAUGUUACAUGCUUGAAAAUGUAUUUAUUAUAAGUUCUAUGCUUGCAUUUUUACUUAAAGUUUGCCUUCUAAUUGCCAGAUAUGCUUAUUCAUAUCUGAUGGUGUUGUUAGUUUUUGCUAAAUUGAAUGUAUCUUCUCUGUGGCCAUUGGACAUUUAAACAUAGAGGUCCUAUGACAAAAGAUUGCA